AUGUCUUUGUGGGAGAGACUCGAGAAAUUGGGCAAAGGCAGUUAUGGAGUUGUCUAUCUAGGUCGUCCAUUAGAAGGACAUUGUCUCUAUCCGUCUAUUCCAAUAAUGGCAGUUAAAUCCGCGGAGUACGAAAAUUCAUCAUCUCUCCUACACGAAAGAGAUAUUCUCUCUAAAUUUAAAGAAUGCCCGCAUAUUAUUCGUCUAUAUGGUUAUGAUUUCACCGUUGAAGGCACAAAUUUUUUUACAAAUAUCUUCUUGGAGUACGCCUCGGGCGGCACUUUGCACGACCGCAUUCAAUCAUCAAAGACAUCUAAAUACAGCGGAAUCUCCGAAAUUGAAGCAAAGGAAUAUACACUUUCCAUUUUAAAGGGUCUGCGCUACAUCCAUGAGAGUGGAUACGUCCAUUGUGAUAUAAAACCGGAAAACAUAUUAAUGGUCGACGAGAAGGCCAAAAUAGGAGACUUUGGUAUGACUAUUCAGCCAUUCAAUCUUCCGGGAAUGACGCUAGGUACUCCUCAUUAUAUGCCUCCUGAGACAUUAAAUGAUGGAGAAUAUGAUACUUCUACCGAUAUCUGGGCAUUGGGAUGCUCAUUCUUUGAAAUGAUCACAUCAACGCCGCAAUGGAAAUGCAAAAAUAUGAACCAAAAUCUUAUUAAACUAAUAAAGCGAAGUAAAAUGUCCAAAGAGGCUUUUGAUUUUUGGAAGAGGUGCACAACUAAAGAUCCAAAGAAAAGAUGGAGCGCAAAUAUGCUUCUACAACAUCAGUUCAUCGUCGGUAGGAGCGAGAAUCCUUCUCCCGCACAAAAUAAUGCAUAG